AUGGCGCACUCCGAGGGUAAGUACCAAGGCGGCAUGCACUGGUCCGAACAGGUCCUAGCGUACAGUCAAGGUCUUCCAAUGCCUGGAAUUCCUGAGGAUGCCACCGUGUGUACGGACCUGGACUCUUCAGAGUACGAGUAUGCGGCGGCUCCUGGCUCUUUGACCGAAAAUUCUUUUGAACUUCGCGAGAAUCUAUCUCCAGAGGACUUUCUGGGAAGGUUUUGGAAUUACCACAAGUGGUAUUCAACUCCUGCAGGAACUCGAUAUGUCGCGCAUGCGCCUCGAAACCCAGCGGAUGAGUUUGUACGGUGUUUUGAUAGUUCAGGACAGGCAGUUGGACACGCGCCGGUCGUCAAGGAUUCAUCGGUCAACAUCGCCUCAGGAUCUGCUCUUUCCGACGACUCCCUUGAAACGCGAGGACCGUCUACUCUCGAUGGACCUUCACUUGGGCAAAUUAUUGACGCUGGUUUCAAUUUCGACUUUUCUCUCAACCUUGAUCACUUCUCCGCACCUUUCCCCUCAUCUCGUGCUAUUCCUGUCAACACUCCGUCUUAUUCUCCUUCCCCUCCGCCUCAUUCUAAACAGCCUCACGUUGAGGAGUAUCAGCCUUGUCCUCUAGAGACCGAUAUUAUCACUUCUUCACACGUGAACAAACCUCAUUCUCAGAAAGGCACUGGGCCCAAAAAGGCCUUCAAAAAGAAAAACAUGGCGAAGAAGCCGCUUCCUAAACCUACCGCCAGCGCACUCAAUGCUGAGGCUUCUUCAAAGCUUCUCUCACUUUCACCUACUCCACCUGUUCCUGCUCUCUCGUUCGCAUCCAUCUAUGCUCCUCUGCCUCUCUCUGACCUCCCCGCCGAACAUGCUUGGGAUGAUACCUCUUCAAAACCUUGGACCAAAGUGGUGAACAAGAAAAAGGAAGCUGCUUUGAAGAAAUCAUCAGCCAAGGCAUCUCCGGUCCCCCAGACCCCCAAGAACGCGAAGGUGUCGCCUAAAGAUAAAAUAAAGACCACUGGCUCUGGUAACUCGCCUGCUCAGCCUACACCGUCCACCUCAAGUGCGAGUGCACGGCAAAAUGACAAAAAGAAGCAGCCAGAUGCCUCUCGCCCCGUUUCCAUGGAAUUGCCUCCAUGUCUGUCCGCCAUCUCUCCUCCCAGGUCUACUCCCGUCCGUUCUUCUCCUUCACAACCCGCUCCCGUUCCGUCUUCUUCGCCUGCGAUUCCCGUCUCUUCGCUUUCCCGUACGGAUACUAUCGUUCCGUCUCACCAGCCGGCUCCUAUUUCUCCGGACCGUCCGAUUUCUGUCUCGUUCUCUCCUCAUCUGGCUUCUACCUCACCUUCCCGUUUGGAUCCCGUUCCCUCAACUCUCCCCGUGGAGCCUGAAGAGACAUCUUCCCACAGUAGCGAUGGGUCGUCUUCGUCGAUUGAAAUUAUCACGGAGAGACCCUCGGCUGCUGCCACGUACCGAGAAGCGAGUGAAGAGAGCGUUGAAAGAACCCCCUGUGGUCAGCCGGGCUGUGGUUAUUAG